AUGACCGGCCCCUACAGCCAGUUCCUGGAUCUCGACAACACCCGGGAUCCAUACCUCUUCGAGGACAGCUUCCUCAACGAUAUGCCUCUCUUCGGCCCCAACGAGUACCAGCAACCAUACAACCCUCCUCAGUCUCAGUACCAGUCGCCAUACAGCAACAGCUUCCAGCCGCCAGCAUACCAGUCUCCGUACAGCAACCCCCCUUACCAGCAACCCAUGGCCAACGCCUACAUCCAGCCUCCUCCUCCUCAACAGCCCCAGAACGAGGCCAUAGGACCACCCUCCAAGCGCCUCCGCUCUCGCGCUCCAAAGCCUAUCCAACUCGCUCCCCGCUCAACGACACCCGACGUCGAACCCCCCUACCACCUAACCCUCUUCUCCCCCAACAACCUCCCGGGAACAGUCUCCUCCCUCCUAACAGCCCACCUCCAAGUACCUCUCUACACAACCCUCGAAGAACGCACCCGCCGCGAGACCGAAAUCAAACACCUCUUCUCAACCAACACGCACACAACCCUCCCCCCUCCCUCUCCACGCGUAAAGAACCACGACCUCCUCACCUCCACCUCCUCCGCCACCGCCAAAAUCUACAAAAUCCGCGCCGCCCCCCUCGCACCCGAAAUCACCUCUCUGCCCCCUCAACCCGCCCUCGGCAAAUUCAUCAAAGUCGACGUCUCCCUCGGCCCCGAAGGCUGCCCCCAACGCCAAGAAGCGAUGGCCUACAACAACCACCUCGCAGCCGCGCGCCUCCGCAACCUCAAAGACCGCAACAACGUCGCCGCGAUGCGCAGCCGGAACCGGCGUGACCGGGCCGCCGUGCUCCGCGCCGAGGAGGCGAGUUUCGCCAAGGCGGAGUGUCGGUACUGGAAGGCCAAGGCUAUUGCCGCGGGUGGGGAUCCUAGGGGCUGGGAGUAUUUGCCGGGUGUUGCCAAGGAGGCUUUGGCGGCGGAUUAUCGGAUUGAUGCGUUGGAUUUCUUUCAGGAUGUCGGGGAGGUGGCGCCUGGGACGCCCAAGGCUGUGCCGGCGAAGAGGAAGCGUUGA